GCGAGGACUGGCUGUACGCGCGUGCGUGUGUGCAUCUCCCCUGUCGGGCACCCGCACCGGCAGCAGCAUCAGCAGCAUCAGCAACACAAAAGGGUCGCAGCAGCAGCAGCAGCUCGGCAGGAGGAGCAGCGGGAGGAGCAGCGGGAGGAGCAGCAGGAGGAGCGCGCUUCAAGAGAGGAGGCGACAGGGCCGGUUCCAGCCCUUCAAGCGACUCUUUGGGAGGAAGAAGAAGAAGAGGAGGGAGGCGCAGGGCUUCGAUGGAGCGGCGCUGAAGGCCGGGUUCUCCAGCGGGGGGGCGGUGUGCAACGGGGUCGCCUCCGACGAUGAGGAGUCCAGUCAAAAUCUGAGGGAGUUGAAUCCCAUCGGUUGUCGAGCUCUGUCACACGACAGCAUCUUCAUCCCGGAGGAGCCGGUGGCCGAGCCCAGUCCGGAACCCACCAUGUCCCAGGAGAACGUGUCGGAUAAAGUGAGGAACCUGCAGCGGCAGAUAGCACAAGGCAUCAAGUUCGGCCAGAGGCCUUCGUCUCAGAGGAAGAGCGAGGGAGACGAGGGGAGUUCGGAUGAGGAAGAGGUCCCCCAGAGCCCCCUGAAGGUCCCGGCCCGGGUAGAAACCGAACCAGCAGCGGAGCCGAAGCAGGUCCAGGGCCCUCAGCAGGCCGGCCCGGCCCCCCCUGUGAGGUCCCCGAGGUCCAGACGGGUCCUUUCGCCCGCCGGCACCAUCGAGUCCAUCAACCUGGACUCCGUCCCCCAGUCGGCGCCUCGCCUGGACAACACGGCCGCCAAGCACAAGCUGUCCGUCAAACCCAAGAACCAGAGGGUGUCCCGGAAACACCGGCGCUUCACGCAGGACCUCCAGGAGGUCUCCAUUCCCGGAGCGGUGCGGGAGGACGCCGAGGAGGCGGGCGUCUCCACGGACGAGCGGCGCCGAGCGUCCGUCGAGUCCCUCGAAAGCUUCGAGAGACUGGAGACGAGGAGGAGGAGGAGGGAGCUGGAGGAGCAGAGGGUCCAACAGGAGGAAGAGGAGAGGAGGAAGCGAGCGGCGGAGGAGGAGGAGCUGAGGCUGCGCGAGCUGGAGGAGGAGGAGAGGUGUCAUAAACAGCGGGAGGAGGAAGAGCGACGCCUCAGACAGGAGAGGAGGAGCAGGGAGGAGGAGGAGAUAAGGAUCAGAGAGGAAGAGGAAAGGAGGCAGAGGGAGGAGGAGGAAAGGAGGAUCCGGGAGGAGGAGGAGAGGAGACGACUGGAAGAGCAGAGAAGGAAACGACAACAACGGGAGGAGGAGGAGGAAGCGAGGAGGCAGCGGGAGCUCGAGGCGGAGAGGAAGAGAAAGCUAAGGGAGGAAGAGGAGGAAAGAAAGAAAAAGGAGGAAGCGGAGAAGCUGAGGCUGCAGGAGACGGAGGAGAAGAAGCACAAGGAGGCGGAGGAGAGGAUGAGGAAGGAGCAGGAGGAGCAGAGGAGGGCCGAGGAGCUGCGCUGGAGGGAGAUGGAGGAGCGGCAGACACCCUUCUCCUUCAAAGUCUCCUCCUCCGGCGAGAAACAGAUUUUGUUCCAGAAGGUCCACCUGACGCCCGUCACGCCGGCGGCCUCCGGCCACCAGGGCGGCGGCGGUGCGUCCGAGCAACGAGAGAGCGCCAAGGCCUCCUGCUCCGAAGGCCCAGAGUCCCCCAACCUGCCGGCGUCUCCGUACGUCCCCCACACCGCCAUCUUGGUGACGGGCGCCCAGCUCUGCGGGACGUCGGUCAACCUGAACCAGAUCAAGGACACGGCGUGCAUGUCCCUGCUGGGCCUGGGCGACGGCCGCAAGGCGCAGGGAACGCCGCCGACCAAGAGCAAGACGUCGCCCGACCGCAAGUCCGGCAAAACCAAGUCGCUCAACGAGUCCUCGCUCUCCCCGGACCAGUCGGUCCUGGCCGAGUGGGCGAGCAUCAGGUCGAAGAUCUUCAAGGGGGUGGAGGACGGGAAAUACGACGAGCACCAGGACCCGAGCAAGAACCAGCCCGACGGCUCCCACACCAACCUCAGGAAGACCAUGUCGGCCAGCGCCAAGUUCUCCAUCACCCCUGCGAAGAAGAAGUUCGGAGAUUCAAACAGGAACUCCGAGGUGUUCGGCGCCGACGAGAAGGACGCCGUGGCGGAGGCCGCCGCUCCGUCCGCCGCUCCGUCCGCCGAUCCGUCCGCCGCUCCGUCCGCCGCCACGACGCCGGUUCCGGUUCCGACCGGGAAACCUCAGAACAAGUCGAGCAAAACCGUCCGGAUCGCCGAGAGAGGCUCCGAGGAGUGCGUGUUCGCCAAGGACCUCCCCUCGUUCCUGGUCCCCAGCCCCGGGGCCAAGUCCGAGGCGCCGGAGUCGCCCGAAGGCAGAGAGGAGCCGGACGGCGAGGACCAGCUGUCGACGUUCGGCAUCAAGCUGAGGAGGACCAACUUCUCGCUCCGCUUCCACAGCGAGCAGUCGGCCGAGAAGAGGAAGAAGCGGUACAGCGCCGGGGACAGCUUCGACGGCGUCCCGUCGCCCCUCACCCCCAUCGAGCCGGACUCCGACGGUUCCUCCGUCUUCUCCGACAAAUCCACAAGUCCCACGUCGCCUCAGAGAGAAGUCGCGGCGGGAAAGUACUUGCACGCCACCGCCGGCGCCGCCGCCCCUCGGGCCAAACCGGGUAAAUCUACCGAAGGCGACAAAGUGCUCUCCAAGCCGCCGAUCUACCGGAGGCCGACCGCGUCCCCGACCCCGCCGCCGUCGCCACCGGCGGUCGCCCAGUCGCACCGGAGCGACCGCCAAGGCCACGCCCCGGUGGAGGAGGAGCCGAAGGAGAAGAGGUCCUUCUUCCCCUCCAUUAACAUCCCCUGGAGGGAGAAGGCGGACAGGAAGUCGGAGCUCAUCAAGAAAGACAAGCCGUCGCUGCAGAGCCGGCACUCGCUGGACAGCGCCAAGGCCCAGGAGGCCGGGCCCUUGUGGAUCACGCUGGCCCUGCAGAAGCAGAAGGGCUUCAGGGACCAGCAGCAGAGCCGCGAGGACCGCCGGAGCCACCGGGAGAUCAAGCUGGCGGUGAAGCAGGCCCGGGAGCGAGAGAGCGUCACGCUGCCGCCGAGCGGCGCCGCGAGUCCGAGUCCCAAACCGCCGACGCCGGAGGAGCCCAAGAGACCCGACAGCCUCCUGGGGCGCCUGGAGCGCCGGGACCACCUGAAGAAAGCCAACACUCUGCCGAGCUCCGUCACCGUCGAGAUCUCAGACUCCACGCCGUCGCCGCCCGCCGUGACAAAGCGCUUCCCCUCCGCCGACUCGCCGCAGGUGUCCACGGAGCCGGCUUGGCUGGCGCUGGCCAAGAGGAAGGCCAAAGCCUGGAGCGACUGUCCCCAGAUCAUCAAAUAACGCCCCACAAGCCCCGCCCCCCCGGACUGCACACCGCCCCACUGGACUCUGAGGCACCUGGAGAGGCAUCACCACCACCCCCCCAUAAAAAAAAAGAAAACAAAAAAAACUCAUGAAAAAUCCUCCUGACUCUGACAUAAGUAUCAUCAUCAUCAUCAUCAUCAUCAUCGUGACCCAACACACACACACACACACUGGCUGGCACUAUUAUCAUGUUUGAAGUGCGCUUCACGUUCAAAUAUUCCGAUACAAUUGAACAGAUAUACGUAAACAAUUGUUGACACUGUAACCACUCCCACAUGUCACCGUCUGGCCAAUCACAGCCGGCCGUUGCUAUAGCCACGCCCCGGUGGUAUGUUGUCCGUGAAUCAGCGGCUGUGCGGUGGCGAAGCUGUCGGUGUUUUAAGGGCUACAGGAACCAGAAGUCACGUGACCCCCCUGUGACCCCUCUGGGAUCUGCUGCAGGUAUUAUUUAUGGGAAGUGGUGGAUUUUAUGGGGAGCCCAUGGAGGGAUUACUGAACAGACAAGAGACGUACAACGACUACAAAGAAACUUAAAGGGACAACAAAGAGACACAAAACAGCCUCAACAGGACAGAAUGAACACAGAUGCUACAUAGAGACAAAAACAGAUACAAAGACACACAAAACAGCCUCAACAGGACACCAAAUGAACAGAGAUGCUAUAAUGAAGCUCCCGACUAUUAAAAACAGCAACAAAGACUCAAAGUCACCAGGCAGAGAUGUGAAACAGCUACAAAGAGACUCAUGACAAUGAAAAGGAGCAAUCCUGCUACAAAGAGACACAAAACAGAUACAAAUAACGGAUACAUUGAGACACAGACAAAUAAUGGAUACAAAGACACAAAACAGAUACAUUGAGAUACAAAGAGACACAAAACAGCCACAAAGAUUCAACAUCACCACACAGAUGUGAAACAGCUACAAAGACACAACUAUCCAGAAGAGGCUCACUGACUCGACCAAGGGAUCAUGAAGUGUGUGUGUGUCCUCUUUCUAGAGGGGGGUCUCAGAAUCCGUCCACCGGUCGGUCACAUUACAGUAACUGAGCCUUUUAUUUAUCCUCGUUUUGUACUCUAAACUAAGCUGAAGCGUAACGAGCGUCACUGUGACGGCCGUCCAACGUUGUUCAACGCUGUCGUUACCCACACGGCGGGGUGCACCUGAACGCAGCACCGAAGACCUCGUGUUACGGGGCCUGAGGCGGUGACCCGCACACACCACGACACGCCCGUAACACACCGUAACACGCUGUGACACACGGGGGACUGGAGGCCAUCACCUCCUCCAUGAGAGGAGGAGGAGGAGGAGGUCUGGAUGGAGUCAGUCACGUCUUUGUUUUCCGCCGUGUCGUGAGGCCGUCUUGUUGUGUCAUGAGAUGACACGUUUGGUAUUAUUUGCACUUUUUUUUUGUCCCCAGAGAAAAUUCUUUUUAAAAAAGGGACAAAAAAUGUUAAGAAUAAUGUAAAUAAAAUACUGAUGUCUAAUCUGAGG